AUGGCCAUUGCAAAGAGAUUAUUAGGAGGAAUCAUAAUUGAUAAUGUGAAGUUUGUAGGUUUAAUCAUCUUAGCUUUACAUUAUUGUUCUUGCGUGGCCAAUGGUGCUGAGUUCCCCGGCGUCCGCCGUGCUCUUGCCGGAGGAGCUGGACCUGCAGUUUUUGACAUUACCAAACACGGUGCUCAACCCGACCCUAGCUUUGACAAUGUCGAGGCAAUUAUGGACGCAUGGUUAGCUGCAUGCAACAAUCCGACACCUGCAAAAGUAGUAAUACCGGAAGGGGAAUUUUUGACCGGUCCGGUUGUAUUUCAAGGCCCAUGCAAAGCCAAACCCAUAACGGUUGAAGUUUUAGGAACAGUGAGAGCCACCACUGAUAUUAGUGAAUACACUUCUGGAGAAUGGUUCAUGUUUGAAUAUAUAGAUGGCUUGAUUCUCACCGGCACCGGGACCUUCCAUGGCUCCGGCGAGACUGCCUGGCAAUACAACAAUUGCGCUAAUAAUAACAGAUGCCAAAUGCUUCCUACAUCUCUGAAAUUCAGUCAUUUGAACAACACUGAGGUAUCCGGAAUAACAUCGAUAAAUAGCAAAGGAUUCCACAUUUUCUUGCUGUACAGCCAAAAUUUUACAGCUAUCAACAUCAACGCAACAGCACCAGACGAGAGUCCAAACACGGAUGGGUUUCACACGAGCAAUUGCAAUCUUGUCACAAUCCGCGACAGUUUCUUCGGAACCGGGGAUGACUGUGUCUCAAUCGGUCAUGGAACUACCAAUGCUCAUGUCUCCGGAAUUACUUGCGGCCCUGGACAUGGUCUCAGUGUUGGUAGCCUUGGUAAAUACGACGACGAAAAGGAUGUGACCGAUAUUACUUUUAAAAACUGCACAUUGACUAACACCACCAACGGCGCUAGAAUCAAAACAUGGGCUAACUCACCUCCAAGCCAAGCUCUCAACAUACGAUAUGAAAAUAUUGUUCUCAAUGCUGUUAAGAACCCUAUCAUCAUUGAUCAGAACUAUGGUGCCAAGAAAAAAGCGACGGGAACAGUUUAUGCUCCUAGUGGUGGCACAGAAAGGGAAAGAGGUGUUUCCAUGUUUCAAUUACUGAGUCAAAGAAGUGAACCUUCUACAGUCAAGGAAACAAAUUAUUGGUGUCCAUUGUUGUUUUUGAAGGAUGCUAAAUGCAAUAAAAUUGAGGACUAG